AUUACCAAAGUGCCAUCACAGCCUAAAAUUGACGGCCAAUAAAAUGAUUUUUUUGUCUAUAGGCAAAAUGGCAGACUUGGUUUGACAACUGUUCUGCGAUUAUCGUAAUUUAUUUUUGGAUUCAUUAUUUGUUGCCUUUGUACUUUUUAGGUUUGUGACGUCACGAAGACAGGAUUUUAUUUACAAAGUUGGAUAGUAAUAUGCUUGUUUGGCAUUGCCAAUGAAGUAACAAGACCUGUUUCUGCAGUGGUGAAGGUAGAUUGGUGGCAGAGCGGUUCGUUCCCGCUAGGAUGGGCGGCGAUGUCUGCCCCCUCCAAGAGCGCUACGAGCCCCUCGCCGUGUGCAUGCACUAAUAUAUCGCUUAUGCAAUUGUUUCAUGAACUGAAACAAAAGUUUCCUGGAGUUCCUGAUCAUGUUGUGUCAAACACUAUCGAACUUUACUGCCAUGAUAAGCAAGCCUGUGAGACUCAUCUACACAGCGAAGUCAAAGCCUCCCUAACACACGCAUAUCAUGCAUCUUCAUCUGCUGCAGCACGUCAGCUCAAUGAGCUAAAACUCAAUCCUCCAUCAAAGUGCCGUAACCAGCCUAUAAUCAAGCAUGAAAAUGUCAAAUCUACCCCAAUCAAGUCAGUCAUUUGUCAAGAGCCACAAACUGCUAUCAUUAGUACAAACAUUGAUGGAGAUGACGCAAAAAUAAAUACUGAUGCUAAUCAGAAUAUUGUUGAAACCAAUUCUGAAGAAGACUUAAAACGUAACAACAAUACAUCUCCGGUGACUAUUAUAAACAUUGAUAGUUGUUUUGCAAAGUAUAGUGUUGAGUCACCAAGUGAUCUAGAAUUGACAAAUGAGAAUUCAAAGGAUGUGAAGGUAGUUGCAGACAGCCCACCUUGUGAAAAAGGUAACCAAGAACAACCAGAGAGCACAAACUAUAAACUAUUUAGAAGCAACAAGAUAAGGAGUAAUCUUAAUGAAAGGGUUGAGAAAGUGAAAGAGAAAAAGACCAUUAAAAAAGAAGAACUGCCUAAACCACAAGAAUCAGUGCAGACUCAACAAGUUGCACAGUCUGAACAGAAGCUUGAUCCUAAACCAGAACAACAAGAGAAAAUAAAGCGACCAAAUACACUUAAUUUCAUUAAACCAAACCCAGACAUUGCAUUUAAACAGACAGUAAAAGAUACAGAAGCUGAUGUUAAUCAAACAGUUUCACCUGCACCAACAUUGAAACAAGAAAAUCAAUCAAAUAACAAUUGUAAACCUGGCACACUGUACAGGUCUGAAAGAGUUUAUCCUUUGAAUUUAUCAGUUAAUGUUAAUUGUCAUAUGGACUUAAGUCGUUCUUAUAAUGAUCCAUGGUUAGAAGACUAUGAGAGCCCGAGAGCUAUAACAUCAGUUAAUUUAACAGUGUGUACACCUACUUCAAAUAUGGCUAGCCCUGUUCGAGAAUCGAGGGAAAAUGAGGAGGGCUUUGAAGGUCAUGUCACAGUAACAGUAAGCCCCAGUACGACACGACCGAUACACCGCCGCGCCCCACCCCCUCCCCCACACAUAUCAAGAACUGAUACCCCAAGGCCUGCCAGAACUGCACCAGAACCACCAGGAUCUGUACAAGAUCGAUCCCUAAUAGAACGACAGAAACAGAGGCUUGAAUGUCUAGUCAAGGCCUUGGCCCAGGAAAAAGGUCAUUUGGCCCAGCUAACGAGGGAGACACAGAUUUUGGCAGCUCCCUUACCGCCACCCUCUGAAACACAGAAAUUGAGGGAAUAUGUGGAGAAAUUACGAGAUCAAUGCGAUUCAAUGGCAAAGAAGCUGGAAAUGCCGCGGAACAUGAGGGAUGAUAGGGAAUCUGGUAACUUCUACAGCAACAUAUAUACGGGACAACAGCCAUCAGCAUCGUGGCAGUGCCAUUUGUGCACGUUCCGCAACCAUCCACUGUUGAACAAGUGUGAGCAGUGCGAGAUGCCGCGCAUCCUAGGUACGUCCAACGACUCCGGUUUCGGGUCCUUUCGUGACUCGACGCGCUCAAAUAGCUCGAGAGAUAGAACCGAAAUAAUGGAUCAUCCAUUCCAGGAAGACCCACGAGCUCUACCAAAAUUGAACUGUUGAGUUCUACACGAUAUAAUACUUAUAACGUUCUUACUUCUUUAAGAAGAUUCUCACACUCGGCUAUAAUGAUAUCUUGCUGAUCUUUAAUUCCUUUAAUCUCUUGGAUCUCUAUGAAGCAUACAAAUUCUGCUUUCCAUAUUAUCUUCUAGUGUGAAAUUGGCAGUUUAUAAAAGUGUUUUAAUUGACUUGGCAACUUUUUGAUAGGAAAAUUUUAUAAUAUUUACAUUUUUAUUUGAAAUAGACAUUUACUUUGGAAUUACAGACUUUAAAUAAAAAUGUGAACUGUUACAAUGACAGAGUUCUCGUGUUCCCUCUAGCCUUUAAAUACGGAACUGAUAAUAAGUGCCUUAGUGUUGAAGUGACGUUGGUGUUACAGUGUUUGAGGCUCCGUGGACAAAACGUGCUUGGUUUUUAACCCCAGCAUGAAAGCAUGCAACUGUUUACAUUAACUCAGAGGAAAUUCCAACUAAAGAGCCAAUAGAAAAUGGAAAAUUACUAUUUUGUUGGAAUUUUCUGUGUUUGAAUCACGCUCGUAUUCAAAUAUUGAUGAGUCUGAAGAACCUUGCAUGUGUGUUGGACUGUUUUAAUUUUAUUGAUUUUAUUAACCAUUGUUGUUUCUUUUGUUAUUUUGUGAUUUGAAUAUCGACAGCAUUCUAACUAUAUUGAUUACAUACCAUACUAUCAGCACUUAUCCCCAUAGAGACGAAAUAUAAGGCGACCCGACUCUGUCAACGGCUUACAUAUAAACAUAAAUCGCACGCAAUUUUUGUCAUC